UCGUACGGCCAUAAUUCAUCAAGAUCUACAGACUAUUUCCCCGCUCUUUCCCGUUCAAGGACGGCAGGCUGAUCAUUACGAACUAUCAAUCCCGUCAACUCUCCGGGUGACUGCAACUUGGAAGAAAAUCUCUCCUUUUGCAGAGAAAUUCUUCUGAAUUCGGAAGAAGAGUGGAAGUGAAUCAACGAAGAGUCUUCGAGGAGAAAAUAGGGAGUUUGAGUUUUUCGGAAUGCAAGGAAUUAGAUCGAGCAAUUUAAGGCCCGGUUCUUCUGAAAUGACACAAAAAAGCUCUUCUUCUUCUUCCAAUCCGAAGAGGAGCCCUUCGCCCAAAAUAACAAGGGGUUCUUCUUUUUCCUCCGAUCCUAUUGAUUCUAGGGUUUCCAGGGCGUCCGAUCGGAAGCCAUCUCCUAUGUCGCACUCUCUCCAAGAGAAGCAAAGAACUAUGCGAGUUCCUGAGAUGCAGCAGCAACUGGGCAAGGUUCUGGCCGAUAUGAAGAGGGCAAAGGAAGAGAGAUCCCAAGCCCUUGAAGAACUUGCAGAACUGAAGAAAAAGAACGAAGGAUUCGCACAGAGCGCUGAUAGGAUCAUGAAGUUAGAAUUAGAAGUUGAAAAGGCCAAGGAAUCCGAAAUGAAAUUGCUUGAAUCUUUGAUAUCUCAAACCAAAGAGCUCGAGCAAACCAAGAUUUUGCUCGAAGAAGCCAAACUAGAGGUAAGGAACCUCAUGGAGAGCGCAGGACCACCGGAGAAGAAAGGAUUAUUAGCUUCUGUUCAGGCCUUUCAAGCACAAGAGGAGGUCAGAAUGCUCAGAAAUGAGCUUAGGUUAGCACUGGAGGCAGAAGAGAAGAGCAAGAAAGCCAUGGAUGAUUUCGCCAUUGCACUCAAGGAAGUCACCACUGAAGCUACUCUGGCAAAGGAAGAACUUGAUGUGAGAAUAUCUGAGUUGGAGAUACUCAGAGCAGAAUCUGAACACACAAAGUCUUUGUUCCAGAGCUCCGAGCAGAAGCGGCAGGAGGCUGUGGAGGGUUAUAAUGAGCUGAAACUGGAAUAUCAGGAAGCUUCUAUUGCUUGGAAAGUAAAAGAAGACAGCUUUAGAAACUGCGUCAUGAUUUCUGAAGAAGGUAUGGAGAAGAAAGAUGAGGAGAACAGUAAGCUCGUUGAAGCCCACAGGGCGGCCAAGGAAGAAAAUUCGAAGCUGCGGGAUAUCAUCAAACAGGCAGUGAAUGAAGCCAUGGUGGUAAAGGAAUCUCUUGCACUUGUGCGGAAUGAAAAUCAUGAGCUUAAAGAACUGCUUUCUGAGAAAGAAAGUGCUUUGGAGAAGAUGAAGCAGGAGUAUGAGAGCCUCAAAGUCAGUGAAACUGCUGCUCUUGCUAGCGUGAAGGAGAUGAAGAACCGGCUUGCUUCAUCUUCAGGCACAGAGUCCAUUAUGGCCUCCUCAAAUUUGCUAGAAAUUGAACCCUUUGGGCAAUCAAAUGGAACCAGUGAAGAUAGAAAGAUAACUAAGAAUGGGAAGAAGUUCUCGUCUGACCGAUGGGACAACCCUCGGAUACAAAAUGGCGGCCGGCGUUCCGUCGGAGAGUCGGGUAUUGCGCAAUACUCAGCGUUUGAUAAGAGAGGAGCAUUUGAAAGACAUGAUAAGAGAUCAAGCUCGGAUGGUUUUGAUCAUUUAGAUGGAAUAUUAUUCCAUGAAUCAAAGAACGAGAAGCUGCAGAAGAAGAAGAAGACGGUUUUUGGAAGAUUUGGAGAUGCAUUGAGGAGGAGGAGUUUUCGCAAAGCAUAAUCUAUAAUAUUGGGUGAGCAAAAAUUUGAUUUUUAUUGUUAACUUUCUAAUUAUAACAAUUUUAGCCCUUUUGUGUUAUUCUAAUUUUCAGUGUUAACAAAGAUAUAAAUUGUAAUUUAGUUUGGUAAUUAUGUAACAAAUAUGAUUAUAUGCAAUAUGAACUCUGU